AAAAUUCAAAAAAUCACAACCAAUAUUCCAAUAAACUAAACAAAAUUUUCGCAAACCAUUUUAGAAGGUUCCAACCGAAGAUCAUUGGCAAAAUGAAGGGCUUUGCAAAUUGGACUAUCAGUUUGGGCCUGGCUCUAAUUAUUUGGCUCGUCUUUUACUAUUCACAGCUGUUGGGGGGCAAAGAGGAUGAACAGCUCAUAGAUAAUGAACUGCAGGAUCCAUUUACGGAAAGCUGCAAGACCAGCUCGGUUGAUGUAUAUCUGCAUUUCUUUUGGAUCUUUGCAUGCAUCUAUGCGCUAUCGAAAUUCACGGAGCUAUCGGAACGCUAUUUGAGCGCCAAAAUUGCCUCCAAGGAGCGCAGCUGCGAUAUGCGUGUCCUCAACGAGGAAUGGGAGAAGACAUUGAAGCUGUAUGAGCUGGAUAAAAAGCAAUUGGACGCACAGCUGCAGGCGUUGCGCGAAAAGAACUGCGGACUGGAGCAAUCGAUGCGAGAUUUACGCGAUUGCAAUCUGCAUUUGAUCAGUGAGAACUUCAUGCGCACCGUACUGCAGGAUCAGCAGAUUCAGGGAUUGGCCCAGCGUGUACAGGAUCAACAGCCGCCAAACAUCUAUAUUACCAAUCGUCAUAUCCAUUUGACACGACAGGUCUUCCUCAACGAGGGACUGAUCGAUAUCGAUGUCAAUCUGCGCAACGCUGGCGGCCAAGAGCUCAAAUCUCCAGAGCAAUCCUUAAAUGUCUGGGUGCAGUAUCUGAAGAUGCGUAAAUGCUAUAUGGGCCCCAUUGCCGAUCCAAAAUUGGUGUUAAAUGGCGGUCCGGAUCGUCUGAUGCCCAUUGUUAUGACUACCGAGCAGUUGGCCAAAUUGCAGGGCAUGAUCUAAUUCCGGUUUGAGAUAGUUCUGUUCGUUUAUUGGCAUUCCGUGAGGGAGCCAGAGAGGGAGGGAGAAUGCAUGCACAAGAUAACCAAAAAAAACUAUCGAAAAAUCGAAAGAAAAAAAUGUUUAUUUCCGAAGUUUUCCCGGAAGAGGAGUUUUGUUUUCUGCAAAUAUGUAAAAAGCAACAUGUUUGCAGCAGUUAUUCAUUUCAUGCUACCAAAGAAAUCUUUGGAGCAAAACUUAGUUGAUUACUAGCAUUUCGUAUAACAGCAAAAGGGUAUUAUCCAAGCAAAAACAACAACAAAAAAAACAAAAAACUGGCUAUUCGAAAUGCUAGUAAAGUGGGAACUUUCGGGAGUGCACGGCAUAAUAAUAGUGGGCAAAUCAAAUGCAUCCAUAUGUUCAAUAUUUAUGUGUGUGUCGUCGUAUUAUAUAUAUUUAUUACACAAUGUGUGAAUUUACAGUAUUUUAACUGGUAUCUUAUGUAAAACUUAUGGG